AUGGAUCCAAGUAAUCUUCCUAGUCAGUCCGCUAGCUACGUAGGACUGCUUCACAGUCAACAAGGAAGCGUUUAUCAUGAAAACUUCCCUUAUGGAAGUUUUCAUUCUAGUGUCAACUUUGCAGAAUCAGAUACAUUUCCGGCUUUCAGUUCUCAACAACCUGAAGACGCACCAGUCGACGCACCAGUAGACGCACAAGCUGCCCGUCCUGUAAGACGCAAGUGGAACCCUGCAGAUGACGAGGUGCUGAUCAGUGCGUGGCUCAACACUUCGAAGGAUUCGAUUGUUGCAAAUGAGCAGAGGUCGGGGGCCUUCUGGAUACGGGUUGCUAAGUAUUAUGCAGAGAGUGCUCAUGGAAGAGAGGAUGGUGCGAGAGAGCAAGGUUGUUGCAAGAAGAGGUGGCAUAGAAUCAAUGAUGACGUUAACAAGUUCUGUGGCGCAUACUCAUCAGCUCAGCGACAAAUUAGCAGUGGUGAGUCUGACACAGACGUUCUGAAGAAGGCGCAUGAAAUUUUCUUCUCUGAUCAUCAGCACAAGUUUACCCUUGAACAUGCUUGGUGUGUGUUGAGGUUUGAACAGAAGUGGCUCAGCCUUAACACACCCAAAGCUGGUGGCGUUUCAAAGAGGAAGAAUGUGCAGACAGAUUCCCAAACUUCUACCAACGAAGGCUUCGUUGAUGUUGAGAGCAGGCCCGAAGGUGUCAAGGCUGCUAAGGCUAAAAGAAAUACGGGUAAAGGGAAGUCCGUGGCUGAGAUUGCAACAGUUUGGGAAAUGAAGAAGGACGAUUUGGUGAGGAAGGAGAGACUGUCGAGGCUAGCAAUACUAGACACUCUCCUUACCAAGCCUGUUCCAUUGACUGAGAGGGAAGAAUCUGCGAAGAAUAAGCUCCUACAGAAGUAUUGGAAUGAUCACCGGGAGGAAGGCCAUCAGAAGCUCUGGAAUGAUUAUUUUAGCGAAACUCCAACAUACCCGCACAAUUUAUUCCGCCGACGGUUUCGGAUGAACAAGGAAUUAUUCUUGCGUAUUGUGAAUCGUCUCUCUACAGAAGUCGAGUAUUUUCAACCCGGAGUAGAUGCUACCGGACGAUCGAGUCUAACUCCGCUCCAAAAAUGUACCGCAGCAAUUCGUCAAUUGGCGUAUGGUGGUGGUUCUGACACAGUUGACGAAUAUGUCCGAAUUGGGGAAACAACGGCAAGAAGGUGUUUGCACAAUUUUGCUGCGGGAAUAAUCGACUUGUUUGGCGAACAAUACCUAAGACGUCCCACACCGGAGGAUCUGCAAAGACUACUUUAUAAUGGAGAACAACGUGGGUUUCCGGGGAUGAUUGGAAGCAUCGACUGUAUGCAUUGGGAGUGGAAGAAUUGUCCCACGGCUUGGAAAGGAAUGUAUUCACGAGGAACUGGAAAACCAACGAUUGUCUUGGAGGCGGUAGCUUCAUAUGACCUCUGGAUAUGGCACGCGUUUUUUGGAGCUCCAGGUACUAUGAACGAUCUUAAUAUUCUUGACCGAUCACCCGUUUUUGAUGACAUUAUUAACGGAAUAGCGCCACAAGUUAACUUCUAUGUUAAUGGUAAUCCAUACCAUUAUGCAUAUUAUCUCACCGAUGGUAUUUAUCCGAAAUGGGCUACAUUUAUUCAAUCUAUCCGACUACCACAAACUCAGAAGCAUUCAUUGUUUGCUCAAACCCAAGAAGCUGUGCGAAAAGAUGUCGAGCGUGCCUUCGGAGUCCUACAAGCUAGGUUUGCCGUUGUUAGAAAUCCUUCUAAUAUAUGGGAUAAAGAAAAAAUAGGAAAUAUUAUGAGAGCAUGUAUCAUACUCCAUAAUAUGAUUGUCGAAGAUGAACGAACAUCAAGAACGAAUUACAACGUUGAGGAAUUUGAAGAAGAAGAUGUGGAAACAUUUUCCGUCAAUAUGCCUUCAACUGUCGGGAGUACACUUGAACGUCGAACGAGCGUUCGGAAUAGACAAGUCCAUCAAUAUUUUAAAAAAUGA